UGAAUAAUGAUAAGCUCAGGUCAGCCGUCAGCGGGGAUGAUGACUGUGACAGGUACAUAAACACUCCGUAGAACCACUUCAGGGUGAGAUGGAGAACAAAUGUCUGCACUUUUGUAUGUACUUUUUUUUUUUGGUCCGACAAGGAAACAUACGAGGGUGUCUGCGAAGCUGGGGGAGCACUGUGCUCCGAAGUUGACCGUGGCCUCUUAGAGCAAGCGGGAGGGGGGGCCAUAAAAAGAAAACAGCCAUUUUGAUCUCGUCUUCGCUCCCCUUAUCUCGUUGAGACAGGCUUGCUUAGAUCUAGUGUUGGCUCAACAAGGAAUGUAUUCAAGCCUUCCUCAGGGUAUGUACGCGUAUAUAUAGUAGAGUAGUAGAGUCGAUGCAAACGGUGGGGUAACGGCACUCAUUAAUAACAAUUUGCCCAAUUGGCAUUACCAAAGGUGGGAAUAGUGUGAUUUAUCUGUAACUACUCCGUACAGAUUAUCAAGCAGCCGUUUUGCUUCGACGAGGAUUUGCAGCGAUUAAUUUAUUAGCGAGUCUCCUGCUAGGGCCAGGAGUGGAGACCAUUCGGUGAGCAACCAGCGCAAAUUUUUUUGGAUAAAACGCUGGCCGAAAAAUUUGCCAUGCAUGACGUUUUUGACCGCUAAGUGGUAGUUAACUUGAAGGCGAGGGGGCGAGCUCAACGAGUCAACGCCAAACAAACGCUGGGAUAACUAAGUUAAUAUUCUUUGCUUUUUCCUUGGUCCCUCUCAACCCCACCAUGAGAAUAGAUUGAAGGAGAGCUCGGGUCGGUUUCAGUUCUGAGGAUAUGCUUCAGCGAAGAUCUUCGGGCCUUCGUUCCUGAGCGAAAGAAGUACUCUGCUGUCAUCUUUUUCUGGAUCCAGGUGAGCUGCUACUGGCAAUUCUGUCGCUUGCCUUCUAAUAAGUAACUACGAAGUAACUUAGUUAUUAGUUAGUUAAGUAGUUACUGUAAUAAAAAUUUGAUUGAUAUGGGGCUUUCUUCGGACAGCUCAUCUGCAAUAUUCUUCCCCUCUCCAACGAAAUCCGGAUUGGCCUUUCGAAUGGCACGGGCUUGACAAAGGAGCAAGCAGAAAUAAGAAUAUCACAUAUCACAGCCAUGACUGACAAUUGGCGCAGGCACUGGUGUGACACAAUACAAGUAACUGCGUAGUGGUUGUGGUGCGAACGGCAGCCCGUAACUCAGCCAAGUCUUCCCAUCAAUCCGUUUCCCGUGGAGACUCUGGAGAGCUUGCAAGCUGGAUGUAACCAGCUGGGCACUUGUAGUAGUUAAACUGUCGCUCGCGCCGCCACCCAAGCCAGCCUCUGUUGUAGUAGUCAUUUCCAUGAUUGUUUAGUUAAAACCCAAUGCCAUGCCAUGCCCCCCCCCCGCCCCCACCAGACAGACACUGGCCCUCAAACCAUUAAUUAUUAUUUAUCAUUGAGUCUGAUUCAACACUUUUUGUUGACCUUGAUCUCUGUCCCGCCGCCUUUCCCGCACUGCUGCAGUUUUGUUCCGCGAAAGGAGCUGGCGGCUGUGUCAUCAUCAGCACAUCCGCAACAUCGUCUCCCCCAACCACAACCACAACCACCCGUCCUCGUUUCCUCCGUUUCCUCCGUUUCCGCCUUUUCCAACUCGGAUUCUUCUUGCUCUCUUUCCCUUCGCAAUCUUAAACUCCUCUUCCAUCUCAUGUCGUGGUCUUGACUUGCCUUCUUUCUCUAUCUUGCGUCUUAUCUUGGAACCUUGCGCCAUUUCUCUCCGUCGUACGUGCCAACAUUUUCUUCUGGAGUCGGACUCGAAGCUCACCUCCUCCCCCCGACACAUCCCACCUUAAACCCUGGGCCAAUUGCACAAUGGCCAGCUCGCUUGCCGACUCUUCAGGCAGGCAUGGUGCUCCCUCGAUCGAAUUGAAAGAUGACACAGUCAUCGUCGUUCUUGGUGCAUCAGGGGACCUGGCAAAAAAGAAAACUUUCCCCGCCUUGUUUGGCCUGGUAAGCGGAUUAACCCUCGGUUCUCUGUAAAGUAUAGGAAUUACCAUGAAGUCAUGGAUUAACCGCCGUUUUACAGUACCGCAAUAAAUUCCUCCCGAAAGAUAUCAAAAUCAUCGGAUAUGCGCGAACAAAGAUGGACCACACUGAAUACAUCCGGAGGGUACGGUCAUAUAUCAAGGUACCCUCUAAAGACGUUGAGGAUCAGCUUGCUGGGUUCUGCGAUCUUUGCACGUAUAUUUCGGGCCAAUAUGAUCAGGAUGACUCCUUCGUUGCCUUAAACAAACACCUGGAGGAGCUCGAGAAGGGGCAGAAGGAACAGAACAGAGUCUUUUAUAUGGCACUCCCCCCCAGCGUCUUCAUAACCGUCUCCGAACAUCUAAAGAAGAACUGCUAUCCUAACAAUGGCAUUGCGAGAAUUAUCGUAGAGAAACCAUUUGGAAAGGAUCUAGGAAGCUCGCGUGAAUUACAAAGGGCGCUGGAACCCGAUUGGAAGGAGGACGAAAUAUUCCGCAUUGAUCAUUACCUUGGAAAAGAGAUGGUGAAGAACAUCUUAAUUCUGCGAUUUGGUAACGAGUUUUUCGGGGCUACCUGGAAUCGCCAUCAUAUCGAUAACGUUCAGAUCACAUUCAAAGAGCCGUUCGGCACGGAGGGCAGAGGAGGAUAUUUCGAUGAAUUUGGCAUCAUCCGCGAUGUUAUGCAGAACCACCUCCUGCAAGUCCUAACCCUUCUAGCAAUGGAACGACCCAUCUCGUUUUCCGCUGAGGAUAUUCGAGACGAGAAAGUACGUGUGCUGCGGGGAAUUGAUGCGAUCGAACCCAAAAACGUCAUCAUUGGUCAAUAUGGAAAAUCUCUCGAUGGAAGCAAACCCGCAUAUAAAGAAGACGACACAGUUCCAAAAGAUUCAAGGUGCGCCACAUUUUGCGCAAUGGUGGCAUACAUUAAAAAUGAGAGGUGGGACGGCGUGCCCUUCAUUCUGAAGGCGGGUAAAGCCUUGAACGAACAAAAGACAGAGAUCCGUAUACAAUUCCGCGACGUCACCUCGGGUAUCUUCAAAGACAUCCCGCGAAACGAACUUGUUAUCCGCGUACAACCCAACGAGUCUGUUUACAUCAAGAUGAACUCGAAACUUCCUGGCCUUUCUAUGCAAACCGUUGUCACAGAGCUGGAUCUCACAUACCGGCGAAGAUUCUCAGACCUGAAGAUUCCAGAGGCGUAUGAAUCUCUAAUCCUAGACGCUCUGAAGGGAGAUCACUCCAAUUUCGUAAGAGACGAUGAAUUGGACGCCAGUUGGAGAAUCUUUACCCCACUAUUGCACUACCUAGACGAGAACACUGAAAUCACGCCAAUGGAGUAUCCCUAUGGAUCUCGCGGCCCGUCUGUCCUGGAUGACUUCACAUCGUCCUUUGGAUAUAAAUUCAGCGACGCAGCCGGCUACCAGUGGCCUCUCACCCCCACUCCAAACCGCUUGUGACAAUCAAAGUUGGCAUGAGGUUGAAGCACUCCCUUUUUUGCAGUUUAUCGCAUUAACAUGCUCUGUUUUUAGUAGCAGCGAAGCCAGCCACUUUCCUAGGCACAUUACGCUAUUAUUGCACGAGCAGUGAUCCUAAUAUUUUUCUUUUUUCUUUUUUUUUUUCUUUUUUUUUUUCCCUUAUUUGGACUCACUUAAAAAACAAUGGAAAAUUAAAAUUAAAAUUAAAAUUAAAAAAAAGGAGGAAAAUAACGAUAUAUUCGACCUUUAUGCCUUCGUUUUGGCGACCGUGGUGUUGGUUGAUGGUGGUCAUGAUAAAGGAGCGGAGGAAGGAGGAAAAGAGAGUGAGACGAAGAACCGAUACGCGGGGAUGAAAAAUAAAAAAGUGUGGACGGACUGGAUGGAAUAUUUAGCUAUGAGAGACCGGGAAGGGGUUCUUUUAAACAGCAGCAGCACAAAAGCAAGGCAGGAUGCCAUAUUUUCCUGUGCAUGUGAGUUUUGUUUGCUUGUUGCUUUUUGGUGGCAUAUCCUUGUCGCAUUUGAUUGAGGGAAGAAGGCUGGCUCUGUGUGUGUGUUGUGUCAUGUCAUGGGCGGGUAACUUAUCCAUCCUUAUACAAAAAAGAAAAAGAUUAUGAGAUAUCAAAAAGAGCUCAUGAAAUAGUUUAUCUUUUUAUUUUUAUCCCUCCCUCCCUCCCUUCCGGUCUCUUCAAUCAUUUAGUUACCAAUUUUCAAGAUCCUUUUCUUUUUUCCCUUUUCCCUCUAGAUUUUCUAAAAAGUAAGGUUCCUUCUUCUUUUCCUUAAUUUUUUCUCCCGGUAUCAGCUUCAUUCUUUAUAGAGUGAUGAUUCAAAUUUAUAUUUUUGGUUUUGAGGGGACAGCAGCUGUUUUUCUUCCUUCUCUCUUAACUUUUCCCUUCUUUUGGGGCGGGUUUGUAAGUCUGGCUGGAACUUGAGAUUCUUAUUAGUUAUACUAUCAGUCACAGCACUCACUGCCUUGGAAGUGGGAAAAGAAAAAUUUAAUUCGCAUGUAUUUCUUGAGUUGAACCUCGUUCAUACAUUCAACAUUCAAAAAAAUGGUUUUGGGGGGGGGGGGGGGGGGGGGGGCCCCCGGGGGGAUGAUGAGAAGGAUAUGAGGAAUUAGACCUCGCCAGCUGGAAAUGAAGGUUUGGUCAGUUGGUAUGUUUUCAAGAGAGGGAAUUUUGUCGAGUGAGAGAGGAUCUGUCUAUAAAGCUGGUGGUGAUCGAGCUCUUUUGCCCCACCGUCCUACAGGAUCC